AGUCCAUAACUUAUGUGCAGUCAUUGAUACUCAUUUGUCUACAUUGCAAAGCUUUAAAUGUAUUUUAGCCUGUAGGCAAAUUAUACAGUCAGUAAAUUAUUUUUACAGUACUGAAUUAAUUACUGUGUAGCUAAGUAAGUGGAAGAUUUUUCUAUUCCUGAACUGCUUUGGUGUUUAACAAUUUCAAGGUUUGCGUUUUGCAAUGCACUGGCUUCUUAAAAAACAAUGUCUUUUCAGCAUGUUCACAGUGAUGGCAUCUCUUCUUGUGGGCCUUCUAAGGGUGUUUUGUGCCUUUGUACAGUGUCAUUUACAAAGUAACUUCAAUUUGCUUUUAAUGAUUUAUUUUAAUAUUGCCCGCAAGCUGUUCCGCACUCUGCUGUGGUAGAAAAUAAAUAAGCCAACAGUGAUAAGAAGGUUCUUCUCUUAGACAUCCUGUGGACCAGGGCACAAAUGGCAAGCAGCAGAUGAAUGAAAUUGGACAGAAUCUCAGUGAGUUACUGAUACAGAAAAAUUGUUCUGUUGUUCACAUUAAAAAAAGAUAUGAUCGUAAAUGUAGCCAACUUGAAAAUUUUAAUUCUGAAACAUUUUAAUCAUUGUUUAAGGGACCCUCCCAAAAUGGUCUCUCAAAUUUAAGGUGCAAGGCCAAAUUCAGAUCUUGGAGCAAUACACCAAAACGCUUUUUUUUUUUAAUUAGCAGAGUUUUUAAAGAUGAGGUUUCCUGAGUCAGGCCAACCAUCUGGUCAGCCCAGUGUCUUAUGUGCAGUAGAAACAAUGUCAUAUCUGUACAAAUUGGCCUUUCCCUAAAUAAAUCUUUCACUUCUGUUAAACUGAGGUUUCCCUUACCAAAAUUUUUAUGAAGUCCCAUCAGUUUAAACACUCCCUGACAGGCUUGUGCUCCUUAAUCCAUCUUUUUUCAUUGGUGGCUUACUGAAUUCACACCUUUAUUGUGUGGCAGGGAUUGUGUUUGUCCUUGAACUUCUUUUCUGACUCCAUUGGCUCUAUAUCAUUGCCUUCAGUUCAGAGAAGGUUAAUUGUUGCAUUAUUGAAAAGACCCAAAGUAGUUUUGUCCCAUCAACACUCAGAGUUUGGCACCCUGUUACUGCCCUUGUGUGACUGGUGGUGACUUUUCUCACUGCAUCAGCUUGUGUUUGUCAAACAUUCAGUUGAUUCAAGGUGCAAAUCCUUUGUGUCACUGCAGGUUGCAAAUCUGGCUCCUGCUUGGGAUUUCAAGCCAACUUGCAUCCUAGUUGUUGUGAAAAUAAAUAUUUUUCUACUUUGAAUCACUGUGGUACUAUUUGAUAGAGGACAAUUGUAUUAUCUUCAAUGAGUAAGAUUUUACCUGGCCUAGAAAUGGUUGAUUUCUCCAGGGACAAAUGCAAAUUCAAAUGUUCUUAUGUGGGCUUCUUUAGGUUCUUCUGUCACCAAAGGCAUUUUUCUCCUAUGCUAAAUUAUAAUUAAAAACAAUUGACAAGUCCUGUACCCACUUUUCUGAUCUAGCCAAGUUUAGCAUGGAAGUUAUUGGAACUUCCCCAUUCUUUCAAUUUGAAGAAUAUGUCAUGUAUAAAGUGACUGAAAGGUGUAUUAUCUGAGGCUGUCAUCCUGUCAUCUUUUAAUUUUGCAUCACAUGAGGACUUUAAUCAGAGAUGAUAAAGAUAAGUGCUUCACAAGGUCUUGGAAAGAAAUGUACUGACUGUAAACCUUAGUUGUCUAUCUGUAAGUGUAAGAAAUGGUCUUAGUCUUGUUUUUACAUAGUUUUCCUAAAAUGUGUGAGAGAACUAUCUGAUAUUGGUGCUUUAUUUAACACAGAACAAUUUAUUAUUUUUAAAUAAAUGAACUGAUUGAUAUGGGCAUGAUUUCACAGUGUUUUCAGUUCUUAAAAUUUUUUGCUUCCAAUUUGCUGCCUCAUUCAAGAGGCUCCCUCAAGUUUUCUUAAGCUAAGGUUGACUUCUCAGGCUCAAGUUUUAUUUGGGUAAGAGUAACUUUUUUGUGUCUAUAGAUGUCUGUGUAUUCAUAUACAGGAAUCAUUUAUCCUUGGGCUUUUUGACAUGUAAAAACUGCAGUUGCACAGACCAUCUCUUCUGCAAAGAAAGUGUAUGCAAAACUGGAACAACGAAUAAAUGUCUGCUUCUCCCUUGAGGUUUGUGAUUUCAGUGUCUCCUCUCACUGACCUUUGUCUUUCCCCCAGCAGUUCUAGUUUGUAGUAGCUUUUGCCAAUGUGUGCUGUAGCUUUUCCCUCAUUUCCAGCACUAGAGCAAUGAUUUUGAAGACAUGAUAGUUCUAAGGCUUAAUGGUCUCGGGGACUUUUUUUGCUUACUCCUUUUCUGCCCUUCAUUGGUGAGCUAAUUUAAGAUACUAUUCCUUUUUUUCUCAGAUGCUAAAAAUAGAGGUAAAUUCCAUUUUCCCUUCACUGAAGGUCAUGCAAAGCUUUUCUUGGUUUGUAUUUGUUCAGCCACAGACAAGUGCCUCUUUUUCUCUGAUGAAUGUGAAUUGCACAUAUUGCUCUGUAAACAAAUUUUUUUUCGUUUUUAAUCCAUGGGCUAUUACAUCCCCUUGAACGUGCAUGUACCAAGAUGCCCACCUUGGUUUGACGCACAUCUAGAAGUGGUUUAAGGGAUGCAAAUUGCCAAAAUUCCUUUUCUUACUUUGUUUUUUUAAGAGGUUUCUGAGACUUGGUGGUUCUGCCUAACUCAGAGGUUGUUUUCUGAGUGUUUCAGAAGGAAAUAAAAGUCAUCUUGGGAACCUACACUAUUCAGAUAUUGUGAAUUUGUGCUUCUUUCUGUUAGUAAUAGCUCUUUGAUACCUUCCUGGCUUCCUGUCUGCCUUAAUCCAUUAUCAGCCUUUUGUAGCAAAGAAUAAAGGAGGAAAGUGAGUAGUGACCUUAAUAAGCUUGCUUCUCUCCCCUUUUGCUGUGCAAGGAACCUGAAUAACACUUUUCUAAUAACUUUAGAAAAUUGGAUUGAAUCAGUAUCACACACCCAACACACUCUGGUUGUGUGUUCCAUUGUGGUGCCUGUAAGCACAGUUCCUGCUGCCCCUGGAGAGCCUGUGUCACUGGGCUGGACUGUUUCCGGUUGCUUCCGUGUGUCUGCCCCACUGCAUGGGGGUCAGACAUGAACCUGAUGCUCUUGAAGCACCCUUGAGUCAGAAAUAUAUGUCAUGGUCAAACUUUACUUCCUUCCUGAUUUAACCACCCUAAUCUUAAUAAUGGCUAUUUCAACAGAUUGCUUUGCUCUGCAUGUAUUUCCCCUACAAAUGCUGUGCUAAUCCAGAAAUUCAGUUUCUGUCUGUUCCUGCUCAGUCAGGGCUGUUACAGGAUUUGUUGUCUUUAUGCCUCUAAAGGUUGCCAUUUUGUGAUCUGUCAUCUGCAUUGGCCAUGUUCUUCAUCUUUUCUCAGCUUGAUCUUCUGACAAACUAUUGACUUUUCUCAAGUCAAGAGUAGGUUGCUUGAAAGUAAAUUCCAAAUAUAGUCCCACUCAUUUUUAAAAGCCUAGUCAUGCUAAAUCAAACUCGUGCUGCUGUUUGAGAUCAUAUUUACCGUGUACAUCAAAUCCCAUGGCAUGGCAGUGGUCUACGGCCCACACAGGAGGAUGCUUGGAUCACUCUUAGUACAGUGUUGGUCUGGAGGAGAGUGUCAGUAGAUAGAGUUAUUUCUAGACUGUCUAGUACCCAUGAAUCACAAACAAGAGUGCUGCUUUCACUUUUUAUUGAAAUCCACCCAAAUCCAACUUCAAAUAUGUACUGUUAUUAUUUACCUAAUUAUUUUGGGCUUAUUUGUCCAACCACCUUUGUACAAGUGAGGGUCGGUUCUCAUUAUUCCUGGUGCAACUAAAUGCUGACUCAUAAGAGGUGGACAAUUAAGAAGUGAUACUCUGGAACCAAGGAAAUAAUAUUUCUGACAUAUUUUAGGUUGAGGAUCUUGCAUGCAAUUAGUAUCAAAAAGCUUGGCUUAACAAGCUUUAUGGUCAUAUAGAUGUUAUAGCUGGAGAAUAGCCCAAGAAGCAAAGCUGCUUCUGUCAGAUUCUUGACUGUGUUAAAGUGCAUGGUGCAAAUGAGAGUAAAGGCCAAAGACUGAAUGUGGUUGACUCUGACCCUCAAUUCACUUCAGUCAAUGGAGCUGCAUCCAUCCUGUUUUUCACUUAAUAAAUAACCACAUUAUGAAUUCUAUUUACUCCUAAUGCUGCAGCACUCGCAGGCCUAACUCUCACCUGUCCCUCAGCAGGCUCAGGCUCUCUGGGAAUGCAAAAAGGUGCACUUCUAAUAGUGAGAACAGAUACUGUUUGCGCCCCAGUGCAGGUGAGAGCCAGAGCUCUGCCUGGGGUCGUGUCAAUGUGCUCAAUUUGCUUGUUGAUGUAACUGAGUCCCCCCCUGCCACCUGCUGUGCCUGCUGCCACUUGUUCUCCUCUCCACUGACCGGGCUCAGUCGUGCUCCCUGGAGCGGGGAUGAGAACUGGCUGAGGAGAACCACGAGGGCAGUUCCAGGUGAACGAGCCUCUUGCAGUUUUCUCAGAAGCAUCGUGUGCGUCACUCACCCAAUUUUAUGCCCAGUCUACUAGCACUUAAGUGAACCCAUCCAUGUGGUGGUUGCUAUAAAAAGGCAGGUGAAGGCCACACGGGGUGCACAGGGCUGCCUCCCUGACAGAAGGCAUGGAGCAAUCCCGUCGCGAGAUGGGAUCCAUCCCAUUUUACGCCCUUCUUUGCUGCUUUACUAGCAUAGUAACAGCCAAUAUAUUUGAGUAUCAGACGGAUUCCCAACCACUGCGUCCAUGCGAACUUCAGAGGGAAAAGGCUUUUUCAGCAGGAGAAGCCUACGUUCCUCAGUGCUCAGAAGAUGGCCAGUUCAGGACAGUCCAGUGCAGUAGGAAUGGUCUCUCCUGUUGGUGUGUGGAUGAGAAUGGUGUUGAGGUACCUGGCAGCAGACAGAGUGGAUAUCCCAUAUCUUGCUUGUCCUUUUGCCAGCUGCAAAAGCAGAGGAUCUUGGUGAGUCGAUACAUCAACAGCAGCAGCAUCUCCUACCUCCCUCAGUGCCUGGAUUCAGGGGCUUUUGAUGAGGUGCAGUGUGACAUGGAGCUGGGGCAGUGCUGGUGUGUAGAUCCAGAAGGGAUGGAGAUUUAUGGCACCAGGCAAAGAGGAAAGCCAGCACGGUGUCCAGGGAACUGUGAGAUCCGAGACCGUCGCAUUCUGCAUGGGUUUGGGGAGAAGAGCCCCCCCCAGUGCUCAGCAGAUGGAGAGUUUCUGCCUGUCCAGUGCAAGUUUGUCAAUACAACAGACAUGAUGUUUUUUGAUCUUGUUCAUAGUUACAACAGGUUCCCAAGGGCUUUCCAGGCAUUCAGCUCCUUGAGGGAGAAGUUCCCGGAGAUCUCUGGGUACUGUCACUGUGUGGACAGCCUGGGGAGGGAGUUGGCAGACACUGGCUUGGAGCUGCUGCUUGAUGAGGUUUACGACACAGUUUUCUCCGCGGCAGAGCCUGCCCGCACUUUCUCAGAGACCGGCGUCUAUCGGAUCCUCCAGAGGCGGUUCCUGGCAGUUCAGCUGGCCACCUCUGGAAAGUUCAGGUGCCCCUCGAGGUGUGAGGCUGAGCGUUUCGCGGCCCUGCGCUACCAGCACCCCUUCGUGCCGUCCUGCACCGCCGACGGGGGCUACGAGCCACUGCAGUGCCAGCAGGGAGGACAGUGCUGGUGUGUGGACACCAAGGGGCAAGAGGUCCCAGGCACAAAGAGACGAGGACAACCCCCAGCCUGUGGUGAAGAACAAGGGUGCAUCUCUGAGAGGCGACGGGCCUUGACGAGGCUCUUUUAUGGCCCUGCUGGAUACUUCAGUCAGUCCAGUUUGUUUUCCACACCAGAUAAGCAGAUGGAAAAAACAGCUGGCUUUUCAAGACCUUGCCCUCCUUCCUUCAAGGAGCUGUUUCUGGGCUCUGGAUUGUCAUCCCCAGUUGCACAAAGCCCAUUUGUCAACCAGACUUCUGGGUUAGAAACUACCCUUAGUGAAGCCAUCACGGGGAUGUUCCCGUCAAGGGAGCUGGCUCAAGUGGCACUACAAUUUACUGCCAAUCCAAAGCGUUUCCAGGAAAACCUCUUCGGAGGAAGGUUCUUGAAGAAUUUGAUCCAGUUUAACUUCACAGGGGCACUUGGCACUAGUGGGAAAUACAGCAUUGGCCAAUUUUUCCAACAGGAGGAUGUGUCAGAGAGGAAUAACAGCCAAAGCCCUCUGGAAUCACCUGAGGCAUUUUCAUUGGAGGUAUCAAAGGGGAGUUCCAUUUUGAGUAAACCUCUUGUAGGCAGCUUUGGCCGCAUAGUAACUCUACAGGACAAUCAGAACAUGAUGAAAUUCCUUUCCUCUGUUCUGGAACUGCCAGAGUUCUUUACUUUUCUUCAACAAGUGAUUUCUGUCCCCAAAUACGUUGCUGAAGAUUUAGGUGAAGUGGUGAAACUAGCAUUGGGAUCCAAAGACUGUGGUGAGGAGCCAAGGGAUCUGUUUGUUCCAACAUGCACCAAGGAAGGGAGGUAUGAAGAAGUUCAGUGCUAUGCAGGAGAGUGCUGGUGCUUGGACACUUCAGGUAAGGAAAUUCCAGGCUCAAGACUUCCAGGCAAACGUCCAAGGUGUCCCACUGAUUGUGAGAAGCAAAGGAGAAACCUGCAAAACCUGAAGCAAAGUCUGCCUGCGGGAUCAGACCUUUUUAUUCCCUCUUGUACCAAGGAUGGAGACUUUCUGCCACUCCAGUGUUAUGGGACAAAUUGCUUCUGUGUUGAUUUGAAUGGCAAGACUAUUCCAGGAAUAAGAGGAAAAGCUGGAAAGCCAAUGAAAUGCCCAAGUGCUUGCCAAGUUAAAGCUGGUCAGGAGUUUCUAAAGGCUGCAAAGCUCCUGUUGUCAGAUCCAGGCGCUGUGUCCCAGCUCUCCAGCAUUUACCUCCCACAGUGUGAUGCAGAGGGUGCCUGGAGGCAGGUGCAGUGCAGUGGCCCUCCCGAGCAAGCCUUCGAGUGGUACGAAAGGUGGAUUGCAGAGAACAACGAGGGCAAACCCCUGCCCAUUGCUGAUCUAUUGAACAUCGUAUCUGGAUAUAAAGAGGCAUCAUCUAAAGGCUUUUCAGCUUUUGCUAAAGCUUUGUAUGAGGCUGGGCACCAGAAUGUCUUUCCCACAUUUGCCAUGUAUUCCUCCUUCACGGAUCUCCCACCUGAAGUGCUGGAGGGAAACUUGACCAGUGCAUCUCAGAGCAUUUUGCUGGAUCCAUAUACUUUCUGGCAGCUUCUGAAUGAGCAGCUGACAUAUUACCCAGGACCCUAUACUGAUUUCAGUGCUCCAUUAGGCCACUUUGAACUUCGUGAUUGCUGGUGUGUUGAUAGCAAAGGAGAAGAGCUGCAAGGAACAAAGGCAGGAGUGAACCAGGUUCCUGCAUGUCCUGGUAUAUGUGAAGGUGUGAAGCAGAAAGCCAUGAAAUUCAUGGAGGAGGCAGAGCAGCUCAUCUUAGCCUCAAAUGAGUCCCACUUUGCUUUUGGAGAGAGCUUCUUGAUGGCAAAAGGGAUACAGCUCACAGACAGGGACCUCCUGCGCUCUGCUCGGCCCUAUGAGUCACAGGUGCUGGACUCCCAAAAGCUGCUCUCAGGCAGUGACUCUGCUCUCCAGCUGGCUGCAUGGUCAGUCCUGCGCUUCUAUUGGCAGACUCACUUUUCUUCAAAAGGUUCUGCUGGGGAAGCAGCACAGCUGGGAUUUCUCCCUUACAUCCCACAGUGUGAUGGCCUGGGAAACUGGGAGCCAACUCAGUGCUAUGAGAGCACAGGUCAUUGCUGGUGCGUGGAUGAGAGAGGACGUUAUGUCAUGGAUUCCUUGGUCUCACGCUCAGCAGAACUUCCCAAAUGCCAGACUUCAUGUCAGCGGUCUCAAACCAAUGCAUUAAUUUCCAGCUGGAGACAGAGCGGCUCAAAGGUGGAUGUGUCUGCAGCUGAUCUAUUCAUCCCCAACUGCCUUGAGACAGGCGAAUAUGCUGUGCUACAGAGAUCUGACACAGGUAUUUGGUGUGUGAAUCCUGCGUCAGGAGAAAUAUUUCAGCGUGGCAGCAAAGCCUUGGAUGGCAAUCCUGAGUGUCCCAGUUUCUGUAAUAUGCUGAAGUCUAAAGCUGUUUCACGAGACUCUGCCAAAGGCUACAUCCCACAGUGUGAAGGAGGGGAUGGGAGUUUCUCACCUGUGCAGUGCAGCCAGGGUCAGGAGAGCUGCUGGUGUGUCUUUGACAAUGGAGAGGAGGUGCCAGGGACACGAGUGAGUGGAGGAAGACCAGCAUGUGCAAGUCCGCAGUGUGCUCUGCCCUUCGGUGCCUCUUCUAUUCCCAACGGAGCUGUACUUUGUGAAAACAUUUCUGGACAAGCUCCAGGUGUCCAGCAGUGCCAGCUGGUGUGUCGUCGGGGCUUCCACAGUGCCUCUUCCAGCACCUCCUUCCAGUGUGAUGAGCAGCAGCGGCGGUGGGUCCAGGCUGCCCCACUCCUCCAGGCCUGCCAGAAGCUCCAAUUAUUCCAGACGGUCCAAGCUCAAACACACUUUCAACUACUCCUGCCUCCUGAGAAUACAUGUAGUUCUGACUACUCUGGAUUACUCCAGGCAUUCCAGAUAUUUAUUUUAGAUGAGUUGAAGGCUCGUGGUUUAUGUCACCUUCAGGUAAAUGCAUUUGGGAAUACUGGCUCAGUUUCUGUCUGUGAUGAUUCCACUGUCUAUGUUGAAUGCCUGAGCACAGACCGCCUGGGAGUGAAUGUCACGUGGAGGACUCAGCUGGAAAACAUCCCGACAGCUUCUCUCCCUGAUUUACAUGAUAUUGAAAAUGCAAUUGUUGGGGAAAAUCUCAUUGGAGCAUUUAUAAAAGAGAUAAAGGAUGGUGAUUUUCUGCUGCAUUUGGACUCCAAGCAGUUCCUAGCAGAUUCUGUGAUUGAUUUUCCCCGGGAUGAAGCAUUUGAUCUGUCUCCACGUGUGCAGCUAGGAUGUAGAAGUGGGUUUCGAAGAAUUUCAUCUCCUGGAAAAGCAGUCCCAAAAUUGCAAGGAUGUGUUGUUUGUCCUCCGGGCAGUUAUUUCCAGGGCAAUGAAUGCAUUCCCUGCCCUCUUGGCUACUAUCAGGAUCAGACAGGACGUUCCUCCUGUAUCAAGUGUCCUGGGGGCAAAACUACCAACUCCUAUGGGGCAAUCAGUACUGAUCACUGCAUCACAUAUUGUCAGAGCAAUGAGCAGGGUCUGCAAUGUGAUGAAGAUGGCCAGUAUAGACCUUCCCAGAAAGACCCUGACACUAAGAAGUACUUCUGUGUCAAUAACUUUGGAGCAGCACUGGACUGGCCUGGAACAGAUGAUCUCCUUACAGAUGACCAGUGCAUGGUGCUCAGAAAAUUUGAGAGAGUUCCUGCCUCCCGUCUGAUUUAUGGAUCAGAAGAAGCUCAGAUUCUUCAGUCUCAGUCAUUUGGAGGAGACCUGCAAAGUACAUAUUUUCAGUGCAUUUCAGGCUGUGAGAAGGAAGAUGCGUGUGGCUUUGCAAUUGUAACUCCUGCUGGUGCUGAAGUUCUCUGUGAAUUAUACAGUACUGCUGAAGUCAACUUCAACUGCACCACCUCUGGAUUAGUACAAGGUGUUUUGGGGAACCCUUCUGCCACUGGCAUUGGUGGCCUCAGCUGCCUGUUUCAUAUCAGGAAUCCAGAAAGAGAUGCACUGAUGGUCUAUUUGAAGAGAGAACAGGAAUUUACCUCAUCUGGACUCAAGGCCUUUGAGAGGACUGGUUUUCAGAACGUGCUGUCUGGCGUGUACCGCUCCGUGGUGCUCUCAGCUGCUGCUGCAUCGCUGACUGACUCUCAGCUCCUGUGUCGGCAGCUCUGCAGUGGGGACUCCUGCUGCGACGGCUUCAUCCUGAGCCAGACUGCACUGGAUGGAGGUACCAUUCUGUGUAGUUUGCUGAGCUCCCCAGACGUGCUGAUCUGCAAUGGAAGUGUCUGGAGUCCGACACCAAACUCUGUCAUAGGUGGGAUAUGUAAUGGUGUGAGCUAUGACGAGAAGGAGAAGACAUUUUCCUUUACCCUGGGAGGACAAGUGUUCAGUGGAACUUCCCAGUUGGUGAAAGAGACUGAAAGAAAUUUUACUACCUUUCAGCAAGUUUACCUGUGGAGAGAUUCUGAUAUGGUCACCCGGACUAAAACCUCUGCAUGUGGUGCUUCUGCUGCUUUGAAGACAGAGAAUGACUUAGCAUUGUCAGAUGCCACAAAGGAUCUUUUCUACCUAAUGGACAACAGCCAAAUACAAAGUGACCAGAACUAUUCUCUCCCUUACCAGCAGUAUUGGAUCUUCAGUCAGAAAUACUCAGCUGAGGAAGCUGUGCUUUGGUGCCUCACACGCUGUGCCCAAGAAGAUGAGUUUUGCCGAAUGGCAGAUCUUCAAAACACCACAGACAAAUACUUUGUGUGUACCCUCUAUCCAGAGGCACAGAUUUGUGACAGCAGCAUUGAUCAAACACCAGGGAACUGUCCAACUGUGCUACCCCGGCAACCACAGACACUGUAUCGUAAAAUAGUCACUCUUCAAAGUUCAGUGAAGAGCUUCUACACACGUGUGCCAUUCCAGAAAGUAACAGGAAUCUCAGUGAGGAAUAAGACUGACAUGAGCAGAAAAGCUGUUUCAGAUGGGUUUUUUGCGUGUGAGCGUUGGUGUGAUGCUGACCCGUGUUGCACAGGAUUUGGCUUUUUUAAUGACUCCCAGCUGUCAGGUGGAAAGAUCGUGUGCGUGACUCUGAACAGCCUUGGAAUCCAGACAUGUGCUGAGGAAACAAGAAGUGCUUGGCGCAUUUCAAACUGUAAUUCACCAGAUGCUGAAGUCAGAAUACACCCAUUUGGCUGGUAUCAGAAGCCUGCUGACUUGAAGAGCACCAUGCCUGACCUCUGUCCACCUGUUAGUUUGCCUCUCAGGCCAGAAAGUGAGCUUUUGGAUGUAUGGCAACCCUUAAAUAUGUCCUCUGUUCUUGUGGAUUCAUCCAUCUCAAACUUUGAAGUUGUGCAAGUUAGUAGAGACAUAUCCAAUGACUUCUCCACUGCCAGAGACUUUUGCCUGUCUGCUUGUUCAAAGAACCAGUCAUGUACAGUGGUUACACUAGAAAUCCAGCCUUCAGCAAUAAGAUGCGUUUUCUACCCUGAUACACAAAUCUGCACACACGGCCUGCAAGGACACAGCUGCCGGGUUUUACUCAAAGAACCUGCUGCCUAUAUCUACAGGAGACAGGAUUUAUUCCUGCCCAUUUCUGAAUUGGAUUUGACCCCAUCUGUGUACAUCCCGUCCCAUGGAAAUCUGGUGGGCAAAUCCCAGGUGAUCCGCAUUGGCUCAGAAUGGAGAAAUAUCAGCCAGUUCCUGGGGGUCCCAUAUGCUGCCCCUCCCCUUGCAGAGAGGCGCUUCAAUCCUCCAGAGCCCUCUGCUUGGGUGGAAACCUGGAAUGCCACGGUGGCUCGGGCAGCGUGUUGGCAGCCAGGAGAUGGAGAGGCCCCGCCACAGUCUGUCAGUGAAGACUGCCUGUAUAUGAACAUCUUUGUUCCUGCCACCUCUGUCAAAAAUAUGUCUGUGUUGCUGUUCUUCCACAAUGGAGGGAGUUACAGUGCUGAGGAGGGAAAGACAACUCUGGAUGGAUCCUACCUCGCUGCCAUCGGUAACGUCAUUGUCGUGACAGCAAACUACCGGGUCGGUGUCUUUGGCUUCCUUAGUACUGGUUCUGCUGAGGCGAGUGGGAAUGCUGGACUUUUGGAUCAACUGGCAGCUUUGAAGUGGGUGCAGCAGAACAUUGCUGGCUUUGGAGGAGACCCCAGCAGGGUUUCUUUGGGAGCUGACCGUGGUGGGGCAGAUGUCACCAGCAUUCACCUGCUCACAGAGACAGCGGAUACUGACCUUUUCAGGAGGGUGUUGUUGAUGGGAGGUUCAGCUUUUUCUCCAGCAUCCAUUAUUACCUCAAGAAGAGCACAGACCCAAGCAGCAGUCCUGGCUGAAGAUGUGGGAUGCCCUUCAUCCACCAGUGAGGGAACUGUAGCCUGCCUCCGCCUGUUGCCUGCUCGUGUCCUCAAUGAUGCACAGACUAAGCUGCUAGCUAUAAGUGGCCCAUUCCAGUACUGGGGGCCAGUGGUGGAUGGAAUUUACCUGCAGGAACCUUUAGCCGAAGCCCUGCGGCGCCCUCAGCUUCGGAAAGUAGAUCUGCUCAUUGGAAGUGCUCAGCAAGAUGGGCUCAUCAGCAGAGCUAAGGCAAUUAAGAAAUUUGAAGAAAGUCAAGGAAGAGCCAACAGCAAAACAGCCUUUUAUCAGGCUCUGCAAAAUUCUCUAGGAGGAGAAGAGUCCAACUUGUUCAUUGAAGAUGCAGCUACAUGGUAUUACUCCCUCGAACAUUCAACUGAUGAUUAUUCAUCCUUUUCCAGGGCUUUGGAAAAUGCUACUCGUGACCAGUUUAUCACAUGUCCCAUCAUAAACAUGGCCAGUUACUGGGCUGCUGCCUCUCGAGGAAACGUCUUCAUGUACCAUGUACCUGAGAGCUCCUCACAGAGCAGCUCAGGUCAGGAGCUCUUGCUGGAUGUUCAGUAUGCAUUUGGUCUACCAUUCUACCCGAAGUAUGAAGAACAAUUUACUCUGGAAGAAAAGGGUCUUUCCUUGCAAAUUAUGCAGUAUAUCUCCAAUUUUGUGAACUCUGGAAAUCCAAACUACUUUCAUAGUUUCUCGAGAAGGAUGUCAGGGGUGAUGCCCCUCUGGCCUUUGUAUCUGUCAAGUGAUGAUGGUGAUAACUACAAGGAGUUCACUGUUUCUUUACCAACACUUAAAGGAUUGAAAAAAGCAGAUUGUUCCUUUUGGUCUGAUUAUAUCAGAAGGCUGAAAGCAUCCACAGGAAGUGCAAGUGAUGGAGAAUCAUCUGGUGAAAACAGCCCUAGUGAAGCUCCCAGUGAAGGACUUUCCUCCCUGGAGAGCCAGCCCCUGGGAGACAAAGUGUCUUACAGCAGAUAGGAAAUCACAGUGCUAUCGGAUGGGUUUGUCACAUGUUGUACAUCCACACAACCAUCUCACACCGAAUGAACAAGCUGCUUCCUUUAGUUAACUUUCUGAACAAGUAAAGUAGACUUCUCAAUAAGGUAGUUUUUCAAGAAAAUUGAUGAAUAUGGCACAAAAUAAACACUACAGCUAUUGUGUAAGGUCAAAAGAAACUGUAAUUUGAAAAAUGAAGUAUCAAUAAAAACUGCAAAACCAAAACAAA